GCUUCGUCUUCGGUUGGCUGCCGGUUCCUGUGGGGGCUUCCUCUCACGGCCCUCGCGGUAGCUGCUGGGGUGAGGUGGGGGCUCGGGAGGCGGCGGCGGCGGUGACAGCGCAGCGAGGACCCUGCGAGGUGCGACCGGGGAGCCCGAGAGGUGAGGGAGGAGCCGGGCCGGCCCGGGUGGGGACGGCGCGGCCCGGAGCACAGCCUGGGGGAGGCGCCUUCGCACGGAGGGAGGACUCUGGGUCUAGAGCUGAAGAGACCCCCGAGGCCGCCGGGCCCGAGGAGGGCCAGGGUCACCCUGGGAAUAAGCUGGGAUUCUGGUCUCGUUACUCGCCGUCCUUCCCAGCGCAUCUCCCCGUAAAGAAUGUCCGCGGCGCGGGGCUGCCGGGUGGCGCGGCGGAUGGAGCUCCGGCCCUGGAGGCGGGAGGACCCGAGUUCAAAUUUAACCUCACGCAUUGCCACCAUGUCGUUGUCCCAUCUUUACCGAGAGGGUGAAGGAACCAUUGAUGAGGAAGAAGAUGAGAUGGAGAACUUUGAGAUCACCGACUGGGACCUCCAGAACGAAUUCAAUCCAAACCGUCAGCGUCAUUGGCAAACCAAGGAGGAGGCCACUUAUGGAGUGUGGGCAGAGCGGGACCCAGAAGACGAGCGACCCAGCUUUGGAGGCAAACGCUCCAGAGACUUCUCUGCUCCUGUGAAUUUCAUUAGUGCUGGGCUGAAGAAAGCUGCUGAGGAAGCAGAUGAAGAGGAUUCAGAUGAGGAAGAGAAGUCUGUUAAGCAGGAUGAAUUUGCGAAAGAUUUUGGACCAAAGAAGUUAAAAACAGGAGGCAAUUUUAAACCUAGCCAGAAAGGAUUUGUAGGUGGAGCCAAAUCUUUCACGGACUUCGGCAGCUGGGAAAGACACACCAAAGGAAUUGGACAGAAGCUUUUGCAGAAGAUGGGUUAUGUCCCAGGAAAGGGCCUUGGGAAGAAUGCACAAGGUAUCAUCAAUCCAAUUGAAGCCAAACAGAGGAAAGGGAAGGGCGCUGUGGGUGCCUAUGGCUCAGAACGCACCACUCAGUCAGUGCAAGAUUUCCCUGUGGUUGACUCAGAAGAAGAGGCCGAGGAGGAGUUCCAGAAGGAGCUCAGCCAGUGGCGGAAGGAUCCUAGCGGGGGCAAGAAGAAACCUAAAUACUCCUACAAGACAGUUGAAGAAUUGAAGGCAAAAGGCAGAAUUGGCAAGAAACUCUCGGCCCCCCAGAAGGAGCUUUCCCAGGUUAAGGUGAUUGACAUGACGGGCCGGGAGCAGAAGGUCUAUUACAGCUACAGCCAAAUCAGCCACAAGCACAACAUGCCCGAGGAUGGUGCCCAGCAGCAGCAGCUGCCGCAGCCUGGCAAAGACACCAAGCCGCAGGCCUUCGCCCUGCCCGAGCUGGAGCACAAUCUGCAGCUGCUCAUCGACAUCACGGAGCAGGAGAUCAUCCAGAAUGACCGGCAGCUGCAGUACGAGAGGGACAUGGUUGUCAACCUGACCCACGAGCUGGAGAAAAUGUCCGAGGUGCUGUCCCACGAAGAGACGGUGAUCGCCAACCUCAGCAAGGUGCUAGAGAUGGUGGAGGAGUGUGAGCAGAGGAUGCAGCCCGACUGCAGCAACCCGCUCACGCUGGACGAGUGCGCCAAGAUCUUCGAGACCCUCCAAGAGAAGUACUAUGAGGAGUACCGCAUGUCUGACCGUGUGGAUCUGGCCGUGGCCAUCGUUUACCCGCUCAUGAAGGAUUACUUCAAGGACUGGGAUCCCCUGAAGGACUGCACCUAUGGCACCGGCAUCAUUGCCAAGUGGAAGAGCCUUUUGGAGAAUGACCAGAUCCUGUCUCAUGGGGGCCAAGACCUGGCAGCGGAUGCUUUCCACAGGCUCAUCUGGGAAAUGUGGAUGCCUUUUGUUCGAAAUAUCGUGACUCAGUGGCAGCCGAGGAACUGUGACCCAAUGGUGGACUUUUUAGACAGUUGGGUCCAUAUCAUUCCUGUGUGGAUCCUGGACAACAUACUGGACCAGCUUAUCUUCCCCAAACUACAGAAGGAGGUUGAAAACUGGAACCCUCUGACAGACACGGUUCCCAUCCACUCGUGGAUACAUCCGUGGCUUCCACUCAUGCAGUCACGCUUGGAGCCUCUGUACUCCCCAAUCCGGAACAAGUUAUCCAGCGCUCUGCAGAAAUGGCAUCCCAGCGAUUCCUCAGCCAAGCUCAUCCUACAACCCUGGAAGGAUGUGUUCACUCCAGGCUCCUGGGAGGCUUUCAUGGUCAAAAACAUUGUGCCCAAAUUAGGGAUGUGUCUUAAUGAAUUAAUCAUUAACCCUCACCAGCAGCACAUGGAUGCUUUUUAUUGGGUGAUUGACUGGGAAGGGAUGAUCUCUGUCUCCAGCCUAGUAGGACUCCUUGAGAAAAAUUUCUUUCCCAAAUGGCUUCAGGUUCUCUGCUCCUGGCUCAGUAAUAGUCCAAAUUAUGAAGAGAUCACCAAAUGGUACCUGGGGUGGAAGUCCAUGUUCUCGGACCAGGUUUUGGCUCAUCCAUCCAUCAAGGACAAAUUUAAUGAAGCACUCGAUAUCAUGAACAGAGCUGUAUCUUCCAAUGUCGGGGCCUAUAUGCAGCCUGGAGCUCGGGAAAACAUUGCCUAUCUCACUCACACAGAGCGGAGGAAAGACUUCCAGUAUGAGGCCAUGCAGGAACGCCGAGAAGCAGAGAACAUGGCCCAGAGGGGCAUAGGCAUGGCAGCCAGCGCGGUGCCCAUGAACUUCAAAGACCUCAUUCAGACAAAGGCUGAAGAGCAUAACAUUGUGUUCAUGCCUGUUAUUGGGAAAAGGCACGAGGGGAAACAGCUCUACACUUUUGGGCGGAUUGUAGUCUACAUUGACCGGGGUGUCGUGUUUGUGCAAGGGGAGAAGACUUGGGUGCCGACAUCCCUCCAGAGUCUGAUCGAUAUGGCCAAGUAGGGCGCGUCUCCAGAGCAGCGAAGCGUUAAGAGGGCGUAUUGAAGACUCAAAGAAAUGAGCCCACAGGAGGCUGGGAGACUCAGAUCACAUCUGCAUCAGGACUUGGGGAAAUGGUUGUCUCCUUCCUUUUUGAUCAUUCUUCAGCUGUUACAGCCUAGUAACCUCAUAUAGUUAAGUGAUCAGGAGAAUUGGAUAAGUUUCAUAAUCUAAACCAGAGUACUGCUGAGGGUGGGCAUGGCCUGAGUAUGGUGGCUGUUGUCAUGACACAUCAGAAUCCAGCCUCCUGACCACCUCCUUCUAAGAAUCUGCCUACCCGGGCUCCUCCCCAUCCAUGGUGUGGGGGAAAAUAAAAAUGUGCUUCUUCUACCUACGAGGAUACAACCUAACCACUUCAGCAAUGGGAUUUAAGAACAGGCCUUCCUUCCCAACUGUCUCUUAUCCUCACGGACCAACAGCUACUUUCUACUCAAGACAUCACAGAUAAAGGAAAUCCUAAGCAUUUAUUUCUAAGAACAGUUUAUAAAACAUCAACAACACCUUCCCAUUUGGGAAGACUUGACAUGUCAUAUGGUUCCUCUUCUUAAAUUCUCUUAGCCUGAGUCCAUCUGGGUAAGAGAAACAAGGAAUUCUUUGAAAUCAUCCAAGGCAUCGGCUGUUUUUUAGCUUUCUGGCGAUACAGAUGCUCUGCCCUAGUUUGUUCAGCUUAGCCUUGGUUGUGGAGCAUUUGGCUGCUGCUUAGGGAACUCAGAGGUUCUAACACGGAUAGCAUCCUUCAGUGUGAGUCUGAGGCCAGCCUUGAGCCCAGGUCUUCCUGCCUCUGUGCUUCUGUCCACUGUGCCAUAAUGGCAAAUUAAUGUCACGCAAGGAAGGGUUGAGUCAUCUUCUUGUGGUCCCUGAUGAUUUCCAACUCUUCACCUUCUGAAUAGUCUGGCUCUUCUGGGAAUGCCCACACUUUACUGGGGAGCUCUUUCAAUUUUUGUAAAGGAAACCAAUGGAUGGCGGUAUCAUUAAAUACGUCCAUGUAUUGUAUUGUCUGAGGAAAUUCAAUUUCCUCUACUCCUUUUAAGCUCUAGAAAGAAUCCAAAUGUAAAGCUCAAUUAGCGUCUCAAAUUUAUUUCCUUCCUUCUGGGUGAAAGCUAGAUUUAGUCUUUUAGUGUUAAUCCUUUACUUCAACUUAAACAAGGGAUAUUUUCCUUCCAGUUAACAAAAAACACCAAACCUUUGGUACUCCCACCAUAAAGUCCCAGGAGCAUUGGAAAUGUUUGACCAUACUUUUAAUGAGUGGAGAAAAAAUUACAAUUUAACAAAGUUGUGCCAAUGGACUGAAAUAGAUCUAUUACUGUAAUCAAAUUUAUUGAAUCACUUCCUAAGAAGUGAUUUAUUUUCUCCAACACAAUUCAGAUGUAGUUUGUUUUUUCUUUGAAACUGAAGAAGAGCUAAAAAGAUUGCAUUGUCCCCCCCAGCCUCACCACACAGCAUACAUACCUUUGCCACAUAGGGGUAAUUUUUCUGAAGAAUCCUUGUUAAUAACCUAGAAAUGGAACCAUGAGUAAGAAGUGAGACAGAAUAAAUGGACAAGAGGAGUAUCUAAACUGAAGGCAGAACUUGUUGAAAUGACUAGCUGGGAUGAGGAAGAGUCACUGGAAAGGAAAAAUGCCUUCCUCAGACCUGUCUGGGAGGAAGAGAGGGAAGUAGAAGAAAGUUAACAGCAUCUCAGACCUGAAAGGAUUCCUUCUGUUACAUCCCCAGCCACUGGUUAUUCCUCAAGGCUCUACCUGGAGACUUCCCAGGCAGCCCAUUCUCCUCUGGAAAGGCUCUUGAUUUUCUUUUCUCAAGCCUAAAUCUGCCUCUGUGGCUUCCAUCCUUCUUGUUCUAAUGUCUUAGGAUGAAGAGUCAUCCUGAGCCAAUGUUGAGCCGGAGAGAUAAUUGUGAUCCCAGGCAUGUGGCUGCAACCUUGGAGCCCAACUGCAGCAGCUGUUUUCAACCAUUUACAAAUUAACCAAACAGAAGCACUUGUUGUAACAAGGGCCAUUUUACUUGGUGUGGAUUCUAUAAUUCCCUCAUGCUUUAUCUCAUGUUAACCAAAGCCUCUAAGCCUCUGGGGCUUGUUUUCUUGGUUUGCUUUUUUAACAUUCAUUCUAGGAGAGAGAAGUAACACAAGGACAGAGAUGAGAGGGUAAAAAUGCUCUCAGUCAAUUCAGGGGGAUCUGAAAAUGUUCAAAGCAAACUUCCAACUCAAAUCUUAUGUGGAUGAUUCCAGGCACUUACUUUCCUUCAGUUCCUUUGAAACUAUUUCCAAUGAUCAUCAUCUUGGAAAGGGAAUCGACUGACCAGUUACUCCAUAGCAGAUUAUUAUACAAAGCUGUUCCGCAGUGGAUCAUGUAAAAAAUGGUGGGUUCACCACGAAUACUCCGUUUUCCUUCCUAUGGACAAAUAUGGCAAUGAUGUGACUGGCAGGAUACAGAUUGCUAGGCUCCAGAGAAACUGCCCCACUCAAAUUCAAUAAGAGGAAUUUGACUUGAAUCUAGCACUGACGUCAUUAGUUCAGUGGGUCAAACUCAAAUAGAAGCUCGGGCCACUAAACCCCUGGUGGGGGCAUUGGGAAGUUGGCCAUAUACUUAAAAUUUGUACAUAAAUACAUAAAAGACUGAGAAGCAUCCCACUCUCCACUAAGGUUCUCUGAAUUCUCCUGGCGGUACAGAGGGGACCUUGAGUUUGUGAAGGCUGUGCUAGCACAGCAGAAGCUAACAGGUUCUACUAGUCCAAUGGGGCUGGGUCAAGGACACUACCUGUCACCUGAGAGCUGGCCUGAGCUCCACCAGGGUGUUUGAAAGCCAUCCAUUGGAGAGAAGUGACUUCCAUGGUCCAGAACUUUGGCUUGAGUUUAAAAGAUCUAUGCUGAGUUCCCCCUGGAACAUUCUUACUCUUGAAAUCUUACCUCAUUCUCAUUGAGAACAGUCAGACCAAGGCUGUUAAGAACUGAAAUUUCAAGUUCACUAAAGAGAGGAUCAAAUAUAUAGCAGUGAUGUCUGGGAAUCUGCACAAAAAAGAAAAAUGAGAUGCUAGAGGGCCAGCCAGACUUUUCAGUUUUGAUUUCCUUUACCAAAGUCCCUUAUUGUCCUUACCUGGAACUUUUCCAGAAAGAGAAGUAAAAAUGCUAAUUGAAUGCGGGCUAUUCCACAUGAAGAAAACGUCCCAAUUCCAUAGCAAACACACUUAAAAUGGUUGGUACUCUUCAAUGAGUCUUCCCUCAAGUUGGAAUAAGGUUCCUCAAAUGGCUGCUGUGAUGGUUCAAGAUGGAGGUGUUCAAGGACUUCUGAAAUGUGCUCUGUAGCUCCCUGUACUUGUUCUAGAGGUUUAGUAAAACACUUCUGGAUGAUUCCUGAAUAUCAAGAAACAAAAAUCCCAACAGAAGAGGUGGUUUGAUAUUUUAAAGUCAAAUGAUCAAGUGUCUGAAGAGAAGGGAGGUAACAAGACUGAUUCCAGCAGAAAAGGUUUUCCUGGAUUCCUUCACAAAGUUCCAUUCCUCGGCACCUAUGAGGGCUUCUGGGCAGGCUAAGCACCUAAUGAGUUAUUACAGUGAAUGACUCUGUCCCUGUACUGAACUAGCAGGCAAAGUCUCGGUCCAUACCUCUGCUCGGGUCUUCCUUACAAAAGAAUGCAACUCAGUUAAAGCAACAUUUGAGUGCUUCUGCUCUGUGUACAGCACUGUGCCAAGUAGUGUGAAUACAACCAUGAGAAAAAAAGAUAUGAAAAGUUCUCAGGAUAGGCAGCAGGAGUGUGGAACAGGCCAGGAAUGGGGUCUCUGAAAACAGUCCAUCCCUGAAGGAAAAGGUGCCCCCACAUCUCCAAGAAUGAGUUCUUCCAACCUAGUCUCUUGAUUAUGGAAAAGGAACAAAUGGGAAGCCUGUUGUUCUUCUUACUUUGAACAAAUGAUGCUUUUCCCCCUACAUCAAAUAUUUUGUGAAUGUGCAUGUCCCUUCUGUUCAGUGGCCAUGCCAGUCCUCUCUGAACUGUUCUAGUUUUUAGUACAUGUGGUGCUGAAGGACGCGCCUACUUUUCCUUUAGAGACUUUGGGGAAUCUGUGAUCUCUGCAAAGAGGGCUGCUGCCUCUAGAGUCAGAAUACCCAUGUGACCUAUGACCUAGAGCAGCUCCUUUCCCUGCCUGAGACUCAGUGUCUUCCUCUGUUCAAUGUGGGAGCUGGACUCGAUGGCUUCUUAGACUUCUUCCAGUUCUAGGUCCUAUUGUCCUCCACACCUUCUUAUCUUUUGUGAUUCUUGCCCACUUUUUUUUU